GAAAAAAAAAAUGUUGACAACUACAAAAACUAGUGUUUUUCUUUCUGCCGAAAAAAUUAGUUUUUCCUUAUAAAUUAUCCAAUAAAACAAAGUGAAUUGAAUAGGAUUUGUUUGAAAUAAAAUAAUCGAUUUGUAAAUGAUCCACAAUACUUCAUGAAAUUGGUUCCCCCAUAAACUUCUUAUAACUUACCCCUAAAUGUGGCUAAAAAUUGCAUACAGUCGUCGAAACCUACCGCAACGCUUGGACAAACAAACAAAUUCAAUAUAAAUAAAUUUUCAUCUACGUAAAUUAUGUAUAACUAGAAAAAAAAAAAGAAUUCUUCAGCCAUAACGUCUAUCACAGAUAAAUCCACUAAUAUAAACUGAUAAAAAAAAGAACUCAAAUACCGUGCCAUCAGUGAAGCUAUUAAACAUUAAAAGUACAAAAUUACCAAUAACAAAACAAAAUUGAAAUUCUAAAUCAAAAUUAAAAGAAUUGAAUUGACAAAACCAAAAGAACAAAAAAAAAUACAGUGAAUAUUGAAUAUUAUUUAAAACAAAAACAAAACAAAAAAAAAAUGUAUGAAACAAAUAAGUUUUUUAAUUUGCUAUUCCGUGCAACAAUCAUUCCUGGAGUAAUUAUAGUACCAUGGCUAACUGGGUUGAUAUCCGUUGUUACUGUACAACUAUGCCUACUAUCAUUUUUUGUAAUAUUUGUAGUAUUUCCGCUGAUAUUCAGAUAUUCAUAUACACUACAAAGGGGUAUACUUUUUCUAACUUUCAUAACAUACCCAAAGAAUUUAGAUCUUAAAGAUCCAAACAGUGUUAAUCUCUGUGCGACGAGAAAUUUCUAUUUAAAUGUUAAAGAUCCAGAUGUCGAUAACGAAGAGGGACUUAAAAUUGGCGUUUGGCACGUUUUGCCAAUACAAUUGGUUAAACGAUUUGCUAAAGAGCUGAAACUUAAUGAGAAAUCUCUCGAAGAAAUUAAAAACAGCACAGAUAUCGAUGAUCCGCAUUUAGAUAAAAUGGAACCAAUAUACAAAGCAGAAUUCCCAACGAUUAAUGAACAAAAUGAACAAUCGUUCUAUGAGCAAAUGCUUAAACAUCCAGGAACAAUAAUGCUCUAUUUGCAUGGGAAUACAGCAUCAAGAGGCUCUGGACAUCGCAUUGAUAUGUAUAAGGUUUUUCGAAAACUAGGUUAUCAUGUGUUGUCAUUAGACUAUCGUGGUUAUGGUGAUUCGGAUAAGAUUGCACCAACAGAAGAAGGUGUUGUUCGCGAUGCAAUGACUGUUUAUAAUUAUAUAGCAAAUCGAACGAAUAAUCCAGUGAUCAUUUGGGGACACUCAUUGGGCACAGGUGUGGGAACACAUUUGAUGGCAUUGCUGAGUAAUAUGAAUGUACCAGGACCGAGGGCACUCAUUUUGGAGAGUCCGUUUACGAAUAUUAAAGACGAAAUAAGGAAGCAUCCAUUUGCUAGGCCCUUCAAAGAUUUACCUUGGUUCGAUAUGACAAUAGCUAACCCAAUGUAUUACAAUUCAUUACGAUUCGAAUCAGAUCAACAUAUAAGUGAAUUUCGCCAACCAGUUCUCAUAUUACACGCCGAAGAUGAUUACGUUGUACCAUUCCAGUUAGGCUACAAAUUAUAUCGAACCGCAUUGGACACACGCGGCAAAUCAUGGGGUCCCGUUGAAUUCCAUCGAUUUGAUGCAUCAUUGCAUUAUGGUCAUAAAUUCUUGUGUACGGCACCCAAUUUGCCAGAAAUAGUUAAAAAAUUUGUCGACAGUUAUAAGAAUGAGAUCUUUUAAGUAAAAAUGGGAAAAAAACACACAAAGGUAUAAUAAAGAGAAAUAUUUUUUCAUAAAAAAAUAAAUAAAUAAGUGAUCUCCUCUCUCUAUAAAAAAAUAAAAUGAAAUUCAACACAUGAUAAUUAGAUAGAUAUGUAAGUGAUACAAGAAUAAAUGUGAACGCAAAUAAAACAAAAAACAAAAAUAAAUUAAAUGUCAGCGCAUGUUGUAAAAUAGAAUAUUUUAUGAAAAUUGUAAUCAUAAAUAUGCAUACAUAACAUUAUAAUAUAGUGAUAUAUAUUUUAAUUAUUUUAUUUAUUAAACAAAUUUCUAGAAAACAAACAAAAAAAAAAACAAAAUUUCUAGAGACUGGCUAUUUCAUAAAUGUAUGAUUAAUAAUUUAAUUUAACUACAAAAGAGUCUAUAUAAGUAUUUAAUAUAAUAUUUUUUUUGUUUUAAUUAUCUCAGGACUCAGCAAAUAAAAAAAUAAAUUUCAUGUAA